AUGUGACUGAAAAGGCCUUGUCUUGUGUGUGCGAGAAGAUGGCCGCCGAGACGAGACGCCCCAUCAUGCCGGCGGGAUUGAGCCUGGAGGUCUCCCGUCACCCCCUGAGCAUGAAGCGGGUGGUCAACCUGGUGGUGGCCGUAGAGAGGUUGAAGGGCGGCCGCGCCGAGGUGGCCCUCCGCGGCAAAAUCGGCGCCCGACGCUUGCUGGACAUCAUGACGGACGACUUUGUGGAAGUGAUCCACCUGCCCGAGGGCCGAGCUCCGGCGAAUCGCUUCAUCCGGACGGGCCAGUACGAGUGCAGCGUGAGCGACAGCCAGAAGAAGAGUCUGGUGCUGCUCGGGGACAGCAUGGAGCUGCACGCCGUCACGCUGCAGGGAGGAAACGCUCACCGCAAAGUGCACCUCAACAUGUCCACCUACGCGCAUCCGUCCCCUGCCGCCGAAGCCCGCCCGGUGGCCCUGGGCAUCAAGGGCACCAACCUGUUCCUGUCGUGCCACCGGGAGGGCCAGAGGCCCGCCCUGCACCUGGAGCCGGUGGAGGACCGGGGGAGCCUGACCAGCGUGGCCUCCGACGACGACCACAUGCUGCGCUUCCUCUUCUACAAGCGCGACUCGGGCGUCAGCCUCAGCACCUUGGCUUCGGCGCGCUUCCCCAAAUGGUUCAUCAGCACGGCCGAGGAGGACGACAUGCCCGUGGAGAUGCGCCAGCGCACCGCCGACCGCUACUUCGCCUUCAACAUCCACAGGCGGAACUAGAGCUUUGGGAACUCGGAGGAGGGAGGGAAUCAACGGCUUGGGGGCACACGCAAAAA